AUUUUUGUAGUAUUGCUGCUUUACUUCACACGCUUGGCCUACUCCAGUCCGCAGGCAGUUGCAAGGCCUUGUGUUGCCACCUUGCAAUGACCAAGUGGUAGCAUCUUCCUUCCAUGCUCCAUCGUGGCUGGGAAAGGGACAGGACACCGGAAUUCCAGCCCUCACCAUGGGAGCUGCCAGGCUGAUUGGGUUGACGGCACUUGCUUGCAUCUGGUUUCACAAAGUCGCUGCUCAGAAUCUCAGAAAAAACCCUAGAGACCAGAAAACUGAACAUAUGCUUUUGAUUAAUGAAGUCAACACUGACAGUCCCGGAGAGGACACUUCUGAGUUUGUGGAACUCUAUCACACCAGUGGUCGAACUGCCCACUUAGAUGGCUACUAUCUGGUCUUCUACAAUGGCAAUGGGAACCAAGCCUACAAGGUGUUGAACCUCCAGGGCAAAGUCACUAACAGCCAAGGGUUCUUUCUCAUCGGCUCUUCUUCCUUAAACCCUGCUAUGGUCAUUCCUAAGAACACCAUCCAGAAUGGCCCUGAUGCUAUUGUUCUGUACUAUGGGAAGGGGAAUUACAAGGAAGGCAUGAGUGUCACAAGUGACGGUCUGGUAGAUGCUUUGGUCCAUAAGAUUAAGAAGACAGAUAGAGCAGAUACGCUCAUCAGUGUCCUGACCCCUGGCAGAGAUGCGUUCCUGGAGGACUCCACAUUCAGGACCUUGGAUGAGUCAAUUGAAAGAUGUCGUGGGAUCAAUUCUCAAUGGAUCUUCCAGGUGGCCGUGCCUAGCCCAGGCAAAGAGAACCACUGCAUUCUAACUUCUCAGCUGAAUGUGUCUACUGUCCUGAUCAGUGAGGUCCACACUGUCUCUUCUUCUGAGGACUCUGAGUACAUAGAGCUUCAGGGUCCCCAUUCCACUGUCGUGAAAGACCUGGUUCUGGUGCUGAUCGAUGGACGGACCAAAGAGAUUUAUUUUGCCAUGGACAUAUAUGGCAAAACCUCACCGGAUGGGCUACUUCUGAUUGGUCCAGCACAAAGCCAAACCCCAGUAGAUCUGCCGUUCCCACUGAACGCCAGCAGCCCCGUCCUCAGGGAUGGUGCCACUGCCAUUGCUCUCUACAGAGGCAGCAGCAGCAGUUUCCUGCUGGGGAGCUCGCUGCCAGUGACGGGUCUGGUGGAUGCGUUUGUGUACACCAGCAACGAGGGACCAGACCCCGAGCUGCUGGAGACCCUGACCCCGGGCCGACCUGCUUACGAAAACAAAUGGCGCSGGUUGGGUGACGUGUCCAUGAGCCAAUGCAACUGCUGCUCUGUGACCAGGGAUUCUUUGUCCUUCGUCCUCAGCAGUCCCACACCUGGCAAGCUCAAUGACUGCCCCAAGAGGCUCUUCAGCCAGACCAUCUCCUUCUGCCUUCACUUAGCAAAUUGCCAGGAGUGGCUCCUGAGGUCAGAAGAGAUCCUGAUGACUCUAGUCCAAGCCCUUGACAAGUCCUGCAACUGUGGAAUCUCCAUUGCCUACUUCAAAGAUUCCAAGGCAGUCUGCCAGGACCUGGGACUUGCAUUCAGCACUCUGCUAACUGCCAGGUCAGAAGACCAGCUGAACAGCCUGCUGCUAGACUUCAAGACCUUCCUAGAGAGUCCCAGAGUUUUGAGUUUUGAUGGGCAGGACAUCACAGCAGAUACCUCCUGCUUCAAGGACAUGACUGUGCCAGAAUCACCUCCAGGUGUCCCAUCAGAAGUACCAACAGGGACGCAAGAGCCCUCUGCACAAGUGGCCAAGUUACUCAUCAGUGAGAUAAACCCAGACAACCCAGGAGGAAGAGAGGACACAGAGUACAUCGAACUCUUCUACACUGGACGGAGGCACUUUGACCUUCAGGGAUACUGGCUAGUCCUCUACAAUGGUAAAAACAACCUGGCCUACCGGGUGUUGGACCUGUCUGGACAUCAUACGAACGAACUGGGUUACUUCCUGGUGGGUAGCAGUGCUGUGAGCCCAGCACCCAUGAUCAGACUGCCUUCAAACACCAUCCAGAAUGGGGCAGAUGCUGUGGCCCUCUACUACAGCAACACCACCUUCUACAAGGCGAACAUGGUGGUGACGGCGGAGGGGCUGGUGGAUGCAGUGGUGUACACAUCCCGAAUGUCGGAAAAGGCGGACCAGCUGAUGGAAGUGCUGCUGCCAGGGCAGAGCAUCCUGUACGAAAACGAUUCUCACAGCCUUGAAGACGAGUCUCUGAGCCGCUGUAACAGCCUGAGGGCAAAACUCCAGAGCAGCUUCCAGGUGACUGUGAUGACACCGCUCGAGGAGAACUCCUGCAGCACUGCCUCAGCUCUGUUUCCUAGUGCCCCUGCCAUCCUCAUCAACGAGCUGUGCCUCGUUAACGGCACUGCUUCUUACUGCUUCAUUGAGCUGAAGGGGAAGCCUGGAGCCAGCCUGAAAGGACACAGCCUCGUCCUCUUCUCUGAGAAUGGGGGCAAAGUGUCUGCCAUCCCGCUGUGGGGCACCUUUGGAGCCACAGGGCUGUUUGUGCUUACACCAGAUGGAGAGCCCAAGCAUGAUGAGGUGAAGCCAGCUUUCAAGGACAUCUCUGCUGCCAGCGAAGGCUAUGGUGCUAUUGCUGUAUACAACACCACCAUGAUUCCUGGCAACAUGAAGGCAACAGCGGAGAACCUGGUGGACGCAGUGGUUUUCACAUGUGGGCCCGGCAGCGGGGAAGGACAGUUGGGUGUCCUUGGACCAUCUUAUGUUGUGCCCUGCAAGGGUGAUAGGCCCGUGUCUCUGAGCCGCUGCUCCUGCUGCAGUGGCAGUGCGGAGCUGCAUUUUGCCAUCUCGGCRCCCACGCUUGGCAUGCACAACAGCUGUCCCCAGAAGUCCCUCGCCGUUGACCUGGACCUGUGCUUCCUGACGCCCGAUUGUUCUGCGUGGGGUCUGAACCGCUGGAGGAUGCUGGAGAGCAUGGGAAACGUCUUGCUGGAUUCCUUGGAGGAGAACUGCUCCUGCGGCGUCUCGCGGUUCUACCUGCAGGGGCUGAACGUGACGUGCAAGGAGUCCCUGGUGCAGGUGUCUGGCCAGGUGUGGGCCCGGCAGCUGGAGCAGCAGCAGGACAUCGGAGCCUGGCGCCAGGGCUUCCUGGCCGGCACGCACCUGCUUUUUGUGGAAGGGAGGGUGCUGAAGACCAGUGCUGAGUGUGUCACCUUGAAAAACGCGCCUUGGACAUCGCCGGGUGGUUCCUCAGCUUCCUUCCAGGGCUGGGAAAUUGCCCUGUUUGUGGUGGGAUCUCUCCUGCUUGUGCCCUUGUUGUUUGGCCUGGCGUUUUACCUCAUCAGAAGACAACCUCAAAGUUACACCAACAUCGAGAUGAACGACCGCAGGGAGAUGGCAGCGGAUUUCUAGUGCUCCCAGGCACGGCUGUGGUGGCAGGCCCAUCGCCUGGCAGACAGGCAUGCAUCUCUGCCCACUGUCCACCAUCCUCCUUCACCAGGAUUGCUGCAAGGACUUGCAAAAUACCCACAGUACAGCUUUAUAUAUACA